UUCCUUCUGUUCUGCUUGAUUUCGUGGAGCUUCACUUUUAUUUGAGUUGGCGCUUCACAAAAUGAUGAAGAUGGGUAGGAAUCAUAUAAUUCUUCGCCGUCGUGUUGAGUCUUGCAAAUCCAGGUAUUCAACUCUCGAUGAAAUCGUGAGCCAUCUUCGCUCAAAUUACCCCGAUUAUCGGCGAACAAAGCAGCAAAUUUUGACUCGAUCUGUUCAAGAAGCUUUGGAGUCAUUUAAGCAUGGGAGCAAGCAAUUGAACAAAAAGCCUAGUGCUUCCGUAUUUAAGUUUGACACCUCAGAAGAUGACAAGGACGAUGAAGAAGAGGGUUGGAGUGCAUCUCGAAAGAGGCGCAAGAAAAUUGAUGAGAGUGAAGAGAAUUUGCAAAAAAUGGAGAAUUUACACCUUAAAAAGUUGCAGAGGGAUCAGGGUCAUACAUCGACCUCUUCUGCUUCAACUUCUAGUCCAUCAUUGUCAUCAGAAUCUAAAGAGAGUGAUGGUGAAGACGGGGCUCUGUCCACAUCAGAGGAUGCAAUUUAUGGUGAGAAAGUGGAGCCAGCUGUUGACUUGAUGAAGACAAUGUUGCGGGCUUCAUAUUCAGAAUCAAAGAAAGUAAAAUCUAAAAUGGAAGAGAAAAAUGUAGAAUUCGAGGUGGCCAAUAAUAGUAAAGCAACUAAAAUUGAUGCUAUGGAUGGGACUGGAGGUGGGAUGAGAUCGGAUUUGGAAUCCAAAAGGCAAUUGAAGGAUUCGUUUUCAAAUGGCAGUGGUGAUCUUGAGGUUAAGGGGAAGGGUGGACCUAGAUUCAAAGAUUUGGGUGGGAUGAAGAAGGUACUGGAGGAGUUGAAAAUGGAAGUUAUUGUGCCACUUUAUCAUCCACAGUUGCCAAGAAGGUUAGGUGUGAGGCCAAUAGCUGGGAUUUUGUUGCAUGGACCACCAGGAUGUGGGAAGACUACACUGGCUCAUGCUAUAGCUAAUGAGACUGGUUUUCCGUUCUAUCAGAUAUCGGCUACAGAGUUAGUUUCUGGAGUUUCAGGAGCAUCAGAAGAAAAUAUUAGAGAGCUUUUCUCUAAAGCAUAUAGGACCGCCCCAUCAAUUGUCUUUAUUGAUGAGAUUGAUGCAAUUGCUUCAAAAAGAGAGAAUUUACAGCGUGAGAUGGAGAAACGAAUUGUGACCCAAUUAAUGACUUCGAUGGAUCAAUCAAACAGGCUUCUUCAACCAGCUGAUAGUUCAGAAAGUUCUGAUGCCCAUCCUGGCUAUAUUCUUGUUAUUGGAGCUACAAAUAGGCCUGAUGCUGUUGACCCUGCCCUAAGAAGGCCUGGGCGGUUUGAUCGUGAAAUUGUCCUUGGUGUUCCUGAUGAACAUGGGAGGGAGGAGAUCUUGUUUGUGCUUACUCGCAAUCUAAAACUAGAGGGCUCCUUUGAUCUUAGGAAAAUAGCCAGGUCUACACCAGGUUUUGUUGGAGCAGAUUUAGCAGCUCUGGUUAACAAGGCAGGUAACCUGGCAAUGAGAAGAAUUAUUGUUGAAAGGAAAUGUGAGUUAUCCCAAGAUCCUUUAGAUGAGCGUUCUGAAGAAUGGUGGAGGGAACCUUGGUCACCUGAAGAGAUGGAUAAGCUUCUGAUCGAAAUGUCUGAUUUUGAGGAAGCAGUUAAGUUGGUGCAACCUUCAUCAAGAAGAGAAGGAUUUUCUUCCAUUCCUAAUGUAAAAUGGGAAGAUAUUGGUGGGCUUGAUCUUCUAAGACGAGAGUUUGAGCGUUAUAUAGUUAGACGCAUAAAAUAUCCAGAGGAUUAUGAGGAAUUUGGGGUGAAUCUUGAGACCGGAUUUUUGCUUUAUGGACCACCUGGGUGUGGUAAAACGCUGAUAGCCAAAGCUGUUGCCCAUGAAGCAGGAGCUAAUUUUAUUCAUAUCAAGGGCCCUGAACUCUUAAAUAAAUACGUUGGAGAAAGUGAGCUGGCAGUACGGACAUUAUUUAGUCGUGCAAGAACAUGUUCGCCUUGCAUUCUUUUCUUUGAUGAGGUGGAUGCUUUGACGACUAAACGGGGUAAAGAAGGUGGAUGGGUUGUUGAACGGCUAUUAAACCAGUUGCUUAUUGAAUUAGACGGUGCAGAGCAAAGGCAAGGUGUUUUUGUUAUUGGUGCUACAAAUAGACCUGAGGUGAUGGACCGUGCUCUCCUUCGGCCCGGUCGGCUUGGCAAACUUCUCUAUGUUCCUCUUCCAAGCCCUGAUGAGCGAGGUCUGAUCUUAAAAGCUCUUGCAAGGAAGAAGCCAAUUGAUGAAACUGUGGAUUUGUGUGCCAUUGGAAGAAUGGAAGCUUGUGAAAACCUCAGCGGUGCUGAUCUUGCUGCAGUGAUGAACGAAGCAGCAGUGGCUGCAGCUGAAGAGAAAUGGACAACAGAGAGCACUUGCAACGCAUCGACCAUCAAGUUCAGCCAUUUUGAGAUGGCAUUGAGAAAAAUCUCUCCAUCAGUGUCAGACAUGCAGCAAAAGCUAUACUAUCAACGAUUGUCAGAGAGUUUUAAAGCUGCAUGAGAGAAGUGGUGAUGGCGGUUUGGGAAGUAGGCGGUCACAUUCAUUUUCCAGGAAAGGACCCAAAGAAAGAAGUCUUCAAUUUUAUUUUUUUUCAUAUAUUUUUUUAACCAACGGUCACACAAAGAAAUCUUGAUUUCUUUUUAUAUAUUUUGAUUUUGACCAAACGACCCUUCAUAUUUUUCACUUCAUAAUAAUUGUGCCAACUACGGUAUGAAUUUUGGUCAGUUUAUUUAUUCAUCUGUAGAUUUUUCCGAUUACUUUUGCUUGGUCCUGAAAGAGAGAGGAAAAAGGGUAUCUUCAACAUGUCUUUUUAGCAUUAAUGGAUCUGAGGUUUUUUUUUUUUUUCCUCCUUUGGUUGGGGACUAGAAAGAUCUCUGAGGUCAAGAGUUACUGUAAUGUAAUGGAAUGUAACAUUUAAGAAGGCCUAAGGUAUUAUUUACGUUUCAUCAAAA